GUUGUUUUCCCCAGGCAACCCUCAACAGCGAUCCUUUUCCCUGAUGCCACCCCGUACCCGCCGCUCUCUGCGGGCUACGACUUCUGCAAGCCCUUCAACUGUUGCAACCACCAAUCCCACGCCUCUUUUCAGCACCAGAACAUCGCCCGCCGACACAUCACCCUCUGAGAUAGAAGACCAAGUACCAGUGAAGCCUCAAACAAGAGCUGCGGCGAAGAGAAAAACCAAACAUGAUUAUGACUCUGGUGAAGACCAAGUGCAUACGUCUACCCAGGCUUCGAGACCCGCCCUGAAGCGGCGGGCCUUAAGUAACCGCGUGUAUAUCGAAGUGCCCGCAGCAAAUCACGAGGGAGGGAAGAGGAACAGUUUGGGGUACAACGGAAGCAAAGGAAAAGAAAAGGAUGUCACUACAGGCAGUGAAUCCGAGCUCUCAAGCGACGAAUUAGAAGACGAUGAAACCGGGUCCUUGAUGGACUUUGAUAGUAGUGGCUCCGAAUUUCUUACAUCUAACCCCGAGAGUGAAGAAGAUUCCGAUGCAGGCAGAGAUGACCGAUGGCUUCGACUUCCUCAAGAUAUGUUAGACGAUGAGCACGACGAUCUCAUGCUUGAAGCCGCGUUAAAACUCUCUCGACAAAACCAAGAGGCGAACAAUAGUUCAGGGCCAUCAUCGUCCUUGAGUUCGACUCGCGACGUCAACCCUGAAGCCCUUCGUCAUGCUGCCUUGGCUGAACGUCGUCUCAACAGGCAGUCGGAAACGAGCUCUGAUUUCGGUGCUGCCUUGGAUCUUGACGACCUCUCCUCUCUCUCUUCUGAAGAACCUGGUGUGCCCGUUGUUAAAGGCAAAGGUAAGAGCAAAGCGAGAGCGAAGGCUAAGUCAAGAUCAAGCACGAAACCCAUGAGUCUUACUCAAAUGCGCAAGUUGAGAAGAGAGGAACGAAGAAGGAGACUGGAGGAGACAUCACCUGCAAAAGCUGAAGAAAAGGCAUUACGCAAAAAGUUGGGGCGAGGGCUGACACCUGCUGAGAGAACUUCGAUCGCCUUGCGUGUGCAUCACGAAGAGCUUCGCGAUGUAUGGGGAGAUUUAGAGGCUAAGAUUGAGGUAAUCCAGCCUGUGAAGGCCGAGCAACCUGCAGGUAUCAAGCUUACACUUUUACCUUUUCAACUGGAGAGUUUGCAUUGGAUGCGAAAGCAAGAGAAGGGAAUCUGGCGUGGUGGUAUGCUUGCGGAUGAGAUGGGUAUGGGGAAAACAAUCCAGGUCAUUGCUCUGCUUGUCUCGGAUCGAAAGAAACCCAACCUUGUGAUUGCACCUACCGUAGCAAUUAUGCAAUGGAAAAACGAAAUAGAAGCACAUACACAACCGAACCUCAAGGUUCUCGUUUGGCACGGCUCUUCUAGGGAAACGGAUAAAAAAGAGCUCCAGAAAUAUGACGUUAUUUUGACUACGUACGCGAUCCUAGAAAGCGCUUUUCGCAAGCAGGAGGUAGGCUUCAAGAGAAAAGGCCAAAUUGUCAAGGAGCGGUCACCACUCCAUCAAAUAAUCUGGAGCAGAAUUAUUCUCGAUGAAGCCCAUAACAUUAAGGAACGUUCCACUAAUACGGCGAAAGCAGCUUUCGAAUUACAGGGUGAAGGUCGCUGGUGUCUAUCGGGGACUCCCCUUCAGAAUCGCGUGGGAGAGCUGUACUCUCUCGUCAGGUUCUUGGGCGGCGACCCAUUCUCAUUCUACUUUUGUAAACUUUGUUCUUGCAAGUCAUUACAUUGGAAGUUUUCCAACAAACGAACAUGCGAUGAUUGCGGUCACAGUCCCAUGCAGCAUACUUGCUUUUGGAAUUCCGAAAUCCUCACACCCAUUCAGAAGCAUGGAAUGGUUGGACCAGGCAAGGCCGCCUUCAAAAAACUCAAGAUUUUGCUUGACAGAAUGAUGCUUCGGCGUACCAAGCUUCAACGCGCCGACGAUCUUGGUCUACCACCUCGCACCGUAAUUGUUCGCAACGAUUUUUUCAGUCCUGAAGAGAAGGAGUUGUACAAUUCCCUUUUCUCUGAUGCAAAAAGACAAUUCAAUACGUAUCUGGACCAAGGAACUAUUCUCAAUAAUUAUUCCAACAUCUUUAGCUUACUAACGCGCAUGCGGCAAAUGGCUUGUCAUCCGGAUCUCGUCAUACGGAGCAAGACCAAUGCGGGCAAAUUCAAUGCAGAAGACGUUGGGGAAGCCACUAUCUGUCGAAUCUGCAAUGAGAUUGCAGAGGAUGCGAUCCAAUCUAAAUGCCGGCAUAUUUUUGAUAGAGAAUGCAUCAAGCAAUAUCUCAACACUGCUAUUGAACAAAAUCCUGCUUGUCCUGUGUGCUUUGUGCCUUUGACGAUUGACUUGGAGGCGCAGGCGCUUGACCUAAAUGAAAACCUUCCUAGCACUAGGCAAGGAAUUUUGGGCCGUCUUGAUCUCGACAAAUGGAGGUCUUCCACCAAAAUUGAAGCACUUGUUGAAGAGCUUAGCAAUCUCCGAAGUCAAGAUGCUUCAACGAAAAGCCUCGUUUUUAGCCAAUUUGUCAACUUCCUCGAUUUGAUUGCGUACCGCUUGAAAAAGGCGGGUUUCAAUAUAUGUCGUCUCGAGGGAACGAUGAGUCCUCAAGCACGAGACGCAACAAUCAAACACUUCAUGAACACCGUCGAUGUCACAGUCUUCCUUGUCAGUCUGAAGGCGGGCGGGGUGGCACUCAAUCUAACUGAAGCCUCUCGAGUAUACCUUAUGGACAGUUGGUGGAAUCCUGCCGUUGAGUUCCAGGCUAUGGAUCGUAUUCAUCGAUUGGGCCAGCAUCGUCCCGUAAAAGCCAUCAAGCUUGUUGUUGAAGAUAGUAUCGAAAGUCGUAUCGUCCAGUUGCAAGAGAAGAAGUCAGCAAUGAUAGAUGCCACUCUCAACCCAGAUGACUCCGCAAUGGGCAGAUUGACACCGGCCGAUUUGCAAUUCCUUUUCCGCCUCUAAAAUACUAUUACUACACCGCUGGUCCAUUACAUGACAGCCUAUUGUACCUUAUCUUGAUCAAUUUCGAUGAUCGUCUUACACGAUACACUAUUGAAUAGA